CGGAGUGACCUUCCCGGGGUGGCUAGUUGAAGAGAGGCAAUACCACCAGCAGACCGGUAGCUAUACACAUCACAGUCCGCAGCACCAGCCGCAGAAAUGAAUAGCAACUUAGCAGGGGACGAAAUCGGGAAGCUCUUUGUGGGUGGCUUAGAUUGGAGUACCACGCAGGAGACGUUGCGAAACUAUUUCUCUCAGUAUGGGGAAGUAGUUGACUGCGUCAUUAUGAAAGACAAGACUACAAAUCAGUCACGAGGUUUUGGGUUUGUGAAGUUUAAAGACCCUAACUGCGUGCGGACAGUGCUAGAGACGAAACCUCAUAACCUGGAUGGUAGGAAUAUUGACCCAAAGCCAUGUACCCCCCGUGGAAUGCAACCUGAAAAAACAAGAUCAAAGGAUGGUUGGAAGGGAAGCAAAAGUGACAGCAAUAAAUCAAAGAAGAUCUUUGUUGGUGGAAUCCCUCACAACUGUGGUGAACCUGAACUCAGGGACUAUUUCAGUAGAUUUGGAGUGGUUACAGAAGUGGUAAUGAUCUAUGACGCGGAGAAACAGAGGCCCCGAGGUUUUGGAUUUAUUACUUUCGAGGCCGAACAAUCAGUGGACCAGGCUGUCAACAUGCAUUUUCACGACAUCAUGGGCAAAAAAGUGGAAGUGAAGAAGGCUGAACCUCGGGAUAGCAAGGCCCCUGGUCCUGGGCAACCUGGAGCUAACCAAUGGGGACCCAGAGGAAUUUUGAGUACAGCCAAUGGCUGGUCAGCACAGCCGGCUCAAGGUUGGCAACAGAGUUAUGGGCCUCAGGGAGUUUGGGUGUCCACAGGCCAGCCAAUAGGUGGGUACGGACCCCCACUUCCAACAGGUCGAGGAGCCCCUGCACAACCACCAUCACCUUUCAACGCUUUCCUUGUCACAGCCACCCCCACAGGGGGCUUUGGGGCACCUCAGGGAUAUCCACAGCAGGGGUAUGGCACCGCCCCCCAAUUCGGGUACAGUUUUGGUACCCCUCAAGGUGAUCAGUUUGCCCCACCAGGAGUGCCUCCCCCUCCCACCACACCUGGAACUGGACCUCUGGGGUUUGCCCCUGCCACCACUCCAACUCAGGACAUGAGCAAAGCUCCCACAGGACAGCCUGACUUCCCUUACAGCCAGUAUGGCUUGGGUAACUAUCCUCAGGACCCCUCUGCCUACGGACCAACGCGUCCUUCUCACAGUUAUGGUCAGGAUGAGCAGGGAUAUAGUGCAGGCUAUGGCCAGGACCUGAGUGGGUUUGGGCAGAGCUUUGCAGACCCCCAGCAGACCCCCUCAUAUGGGGCCCCAACAGCACAACCCUCCGCGGGACCCCAGCCGACAGCCAGCAGCUUCGGCCGUGGACAGAACCACAACGUACAGGGCUUCCACCCAUACCGGCGCUGAGAGUCACGUACACCGGAACACAGCGUGCAAAUGUCAGGGAAAUAUGUAUUCUGUUCACAAACAAAACUGGAUUUCCAGUGUGAUGAUCUUUGAACGUACACACAUACAUAUACACAUACGCAUACAGAUACACACACACACACACGCACACUCUCACUCAAGUACAAAAUGGUCACAUUGCCAGGGAUUUCAUUUUUGUUACAAACACAGACAUUCACACACUUGAUAUAAGAGAGCAGACUUUUGAAGAACCUUAAUUGCAAGAAGAGAGGAUCUUUUGUGGACUUUUCCGUGUGUUUUAUGGAGGACUAUUUAUGAACUGUUUUGCAAUAGAUUUUGACUGUCUGGUCAAACAUCAGCACAGAUAAAAUAUGCUACAUAUAAAAAUGACAACAGGGUCUCCACUUUCUCUUCAGCUUUAAUUCUUUUAGGGAAAAAGAAAGAAAAAGAACUUCAGGUUUUUAUUUUUCAUUUUGUGAUUUUUUUGUUUACG